CCUCAUUUAGUCCUAAAGCUAUAAACUGGAUCCCCAGAUCCAGAUAUUUAGUCACAUUAAGUAAGAGAUUGUUUUGAGGUUCCAACAGAAAGUAAAAGCUUGGUCAAUUACAAGGAGAAAAGUCUGCAGAAAAAGAUUUUUCUUCCAAAAACUUACCGGAAAACAAAGAUCCAGUUACAGACAUAAAAGAGGUACUCAAACAGAAGCUGGUAUAGAAAUCCUAGCAGCUGCUGGAAUCAAGAGACUAACAACAUUCCACAAUAUGGUUUCAGUGGGCUUGCAGAUGGUAGGCUAUGUCUUGUCUAUUCUUGGUCUGACUGGUACUGUAAUUGCCACAGUCAUGCCAUCCUGGAAGGUCAGCUCUUACAUAGGUGCAAGCAUUGUGACAGCUGUGGGCUUUUCCAAGGGACUUUGGAUGGAGUGUGCGUCCUUCAGCACAGGCAUUACACAAUGUGACAUUUACAAUAGCAUGCUGGGGUUAGCAGCUGAUACUCAGGCUGCUCAAGCCCUCAUGAUCACAUCAUGUGUAUUUUCUGUUCUUGCUAGCAUGUUCUCAGUGUUUGGCAUGAGGUGCACCAUUUUUUCUCAAGGAUCCCCUGGGAAAGACAAAUUGGCUGUGGCAGGAGGGGCUUUCUUCAUUCUAGGUGGAAUCCUGUCUUUGAUUCCCAUUUGCUGGAACCUUCACUCCAUUCUUCAAGAAUUCUACAAUCCACUGAUCCCUGAUGCAGUUAAGUUUGAGAUAGGACCUGCACUCUACCUGGGUAUCCUUGCAUCUAUUCUCUCUGUUUUGGGUGGUGCUAUUCUCUGUGCCUCCUGCCCACCUAAGGAGGCAGACCAUGACUUUUAUAGCAAAUACCAAGGACGAUCGCUGAUUGCAGACAAGGGAAAAAUAUCUACAAGUGUGACCAAUGCCUCAAAAAAGGAAACAAAUGGUUAUAGCCUCACAGGUUAUGUGUAAGUGGUUAUCGAAAAUGAAAAUGUUUUUAUUUUGGUCUCAUUGCUUAACUCCAAAAUCUGAAAAGCCACAUGAACAAUCUGAAAAACUUUGGUAUUCAUAAAGUGGGACAAACAGGUCACAGGUGAACAAUAUCAUGAGUGGCAACUAAUAUAACAUGGCCUGUAUUGUUUUAUUAUCUGGGAUAGAUUCAGGCACAUCUGCUGUGUCUGUCUAGAAAGGACAAUUCUGUAACUGUUCAAGAAGUGUUAUGGUAAAAUAGGGCUGCAUUUAUUGAUAACAUUGAAUUAUUCAACCAACAAUGGAUUGUGUUAAACUGAGAGUACAGAUUAAAUUUUAGACUAAAUAGUACACUUGAGGAAUUUUGUCAAACUAUAUUUUUAUGUAAAUUAUUUUCAGUUGGACUGUCAAUUUCUCUCAGUUCACAGACAGUUACUAAAUUAUAUUGUGCACUUAUUCUUACUUUUUUCCCUUGUAAUAAAGAUCAACAUUCAAUAGUGUAUAAUUAGGCUCAUGAUGCAACAGUGUGAUUUAUCUUUGUUGAUAUUACUUUGUGCUACAAACCAAUCAAUGUUAUAUAAUCAUAAAAGUGAUCACAGUCUUUGUAUAAAUAAACCAUUUUUCUUUCUAUAAACUGGUCAACAAGCAAAUUAACCAACAACACUAGCAUUAUUGUCCAGAAAAACAUUAUCUUUAUCGCUAUGCAAAUUCUGUGCAUGAAUAAUAUUGCAGUAAGCACAGUGUUCUAGUUUUAGAAAAUAGUUUAAGGGAUCGUUAUCUAAACUACUACCAGUAUAAACUAACUAUUUUUAUAAAGAUUGCCAUCUUCCACAUUCUAGUUUCAUGAUACACAUACACUGUUUAAAAUAUACAUAUUUACACUAACUUAUAUUUACUGUGUUUGGUGAUAUGUUUUAUGAAUGUAUUUUAAAAUUCUGACUAUUAGCAUUUGCAAUAUCUAGUGGUAUUUUAAACUUUGACAUUAUUGAUCCACUUUAGGCGAGACUGUCCUGUGACUAAAACAGAAUACGAGCAGCUGCUUACUUUUAGGAAGCAAUAUACAUAUAUACGCAAUAUAGACAGUUUGAUCACUUAUCAUUUUCUUUUGUGAUACUGGACAAGUUGAUUCAAGUUACUGCAUUAAUAAACAAUCUGCACAAUACAAAACGUUAUGUAAUGCAAAUAUCCAAAAUAUUCAGUCCUGCUGUGCAAUUCAGAAACCACAUGUAUGCUAUUGCAGUAACUAAACAUUUUUUCUUCAGUUCAAUAACAUGACCAUUGGAAUUAGCUUCAUAUAUACAUUUGCUAGAUGGCAUAUUCAUAUCAAUUUUCAAAUUUGGAAUUUUAAGUCUGGUCCUUGUCACAUUUUUACUUGGAUUAGCAAGCCUCCAAUUCAGAUUAAUUACAUACAUAAAGACAUUGCAAGAGAUUUACAGGAUUACAGCAACAGGAUUACAAUAAAAGUCAGUUUGUCUUCAACACUGAUUUCACCUUCUUUAAACCUUUUUUUACCAAUCUUUGCACAUUGCUCACAUCAAUUGUCACCUCACUGUACAUAUUUCUGAGCCUUAGGUGGAUCUUGGCAGCUCUUUGUUUCUGCUAGUCAUGCAGGAAGUGUUUCUCUAUCUAGUGGUGUAAAGACAUCACAUUUGAGAUAAUAGUUUUGGAGCAAAUAGCAAACAGGCGUUAAUUUAAGAUCAACUCUUUCUAUCUAUAUACAUAUAUAUAAAACAUUGGCAGGUGAAGUGGAAAACAAUGAUUAUAUUGUUACAAUGGCAGGGGUAGGAUAUAUUAGGCAGCAAGACAACAGUCAUUACUUCAAUGUUGUGUGUUGGAAUCAGUAGAAAUGGGCAAGUGAAAAGAUCUGAGUGACUUUGACAAAGGCUAAAUAGUGAUGGCUAGAUGAUUGGGUCAGAGCAUCUUCAAAACGGCAAGUCUUUUGAGGUGUUCCUCUUAUGCAGUGGUUAGUGCAUACCAAAAGUGGUACAAGGAAGGACAACCAGUGAACCAGCCUCAGAGUAAAGGCUGCAUUUAUUGAUAACAUUGAAUUAUUCAACCAACAAUGGAUUGUGUUAAACUGAGAGUACAGAUUAAAUUUUAGACUAAAUAGUACACUUGAGGAAUUUUGUCAAACUAUAUUUUUAUGUAAAUUAUUUUCAGUUGGGCUGUCAAUUUCUCUCAGUUCACAGACAGUUACUAAAUUAUAUUGUGCACUUAUUCUUACUUUUUUCCCUUGUAAUAAAGAUCAACAUUCAAUAGUGUAUAAUUAGGCUCAUGAUGCAACAGUGUGAUUUAUCUUUGUUGAUAUUACUUUGUGCUACAGACCAAUCAAUGUUAUAUAAUCAUAAAAGUGAUCACAGUCUUUGUAUAAAUAAACCAUUUUUCUUUCUAUAAACUGGUCAACAAGCAAAUUAACCAACAACACUAGCAUUAUUGUCCAGAAAAACAUUAUCUUUAUCGCUAUGCAAAUUCUGUGCAUGAAUAAUAUUGCAGUAAGCACAGUGUUCUAGUUUUAGAAAAUAGUUUAAGGGAU